AUGGCAGAUCACCACCCCAACGAAGGACCUUCCACAAGCAAUGUUUCUGGUGAAACAUCUGAUUCAAGUGUGCAGCUCAAUGUGAAGACUUUAGAUUCACAAAUUUACAGUUUCCUGGCGGACAAGAAAAUGCCAGUUCUAGCUUUCAAGGAGAAAAUAGCUAGUCAAGUUGGUGUUCCAGUCAAUCAGCAGAGACUGAUUUUUCGAGGAAGGGUGUUGAAGGAUGAACAUCUCCUCUCUGAAUAUCAGGUUGAGAAUGGUCAUACAUUGCAUUUGGUUGUGAGGCAGUCAGCACAAACACAACCUUCAUCCGAGACAAGCUCCGGAGACGCAAGAGGGAAUGAUGCUAGUUAUGGUGGCCUCGGAAACCGUCCUAGCCAGAUUCCACACAGUGUUUUGCUGGGGACAUUUAGCGUUGCAGAUCAAGGUGACGGUAUGGUUCCAGAUCUAAAUAGGGUUAUUGGGUCUGUGUUGAACUCAAUAGGGAUUGGCGGACUGGCUGGCACUGCUGGCAUGGGCAGCAUGCCGUUCCCACCUAUGCCUAAUGCUACUAGCCAGACACAUCAAGGUAAUGGAACCGGUGGAAAUGUUGGUGGUCAGAAUCAAGCCGGAAAUCCAGCACAGGCGGGUAAUACAUUCCAAUCCCAGCCUCAAGUUGUGCAGAUUCCUCUUGCUACAUCAGUACCCAUUCCUUCAUUUCAUUCGCCAAUUCCUGAUUCUCUAAAUACCAUCUCUGAAUUUUUGAGUCGGAUGGAGCAAGUACUUGCCCAAAAUGGGUCUCAGCAGGGUACCACUUCAACGACUUCAGGAGUCCCUCCAAGGGUCGAGUCGCCUUCUAAUGUGCAGGGGCUACCUGCACUUGAAGCUUUAAGCACCGUCUUGCGACAAGCCGAAAGGCUUCUUAGUGGGCAUGCGGUGGCUUCAUUGUCUAAUCUUGCAGGGCGCCUGGAAGGAGAGGGGACUUCUCCUGAUCUCAGUAUCAGGAGCCAAAUCCAAACAGAAACUGUGCAAUCUGGUCUUGCAAUGCAACAUCUUGGUGCACUCUUUUUGGAGCUGGGUCGCACAUUGUUAACAUUCCGUAUGGGGCAAUCUCCUGGAGAGUCCUCUAUACACUCUGGGCCUGCAGUUUAUAUAUCUCCAUCCGGGCCUAACACCAUAAUGGCCCAGCCAUUUCCUCUGCAAACUCAAUCUCUGUUCGGUGGCAUUAGUGGCCAAUCAAGUGCUGUUCCAUUUGCUCCUGUUGGUGUUGGAAAUGCCCCAAGGCAUGUAAAUAUACACAUACAUGCUGGCACAACAAUGGCAUCUGUUCUACCGACAAUGGGUGUCAGGGCAAAUAGUGGCGAACCUGGAACUGCCCAAGGGAGGGUACCUGGCAGAAGCGCUGCUGCUGCAGUGCCUGCACAAACUCGUGGGAUUCCAGUCCCAGAUACUGCACAACCAGAUAGAGGUGAUGUAGCACCUGAUUUGGGACACAUGUCUUCUAUGGUUUCUUCGAUCAAUUCUCGGUUGAGAGAUCUUAUGGCAAAUUUUCCAGGACAGCCAAUAACUGUACCAGGAUCUGAAGAACCUGCUGCUGGUACUGCUAUUGGUGGAGAACAACAACCUGCAUUGGCCACUGAUCGAGCUGUAGAGUCAAGUGGGCCCUUGCCUGAUCUCGUAUCUGAGGGUGAUACUAAGAAGAUGCAAGAUGAAAAUGUGCAAAUCAACAAGAAUGAGGAGAAAAAUGAUCUUAAUACUUCCGUUAAAGAUGUGUCCUCUAGUUCAGUGGGAUCUUCGACUACAGCAACUUCACUGAAGGAGGAAGCUUCUGAAAAUGUUCCAAGUGCUAGUGCAAGACAUGAUCCUCCAGAGGGUGCUAAGGCUGCCCCUCUUGGGUUGGGUUUGGGGAGUUUGGACCGUAAGAAGCGAGUUAAGCAGCAAAAACCCUCCGCCACUACAGAUGGCACCCAAAUAGCACAGCAACUCUUACAGACACUUAGCUCCCGAAGCUCCGCUCCUAUCUCAGCUUCAACAGAUGCACCCUCAGGUCAAACCACUAUUCCCGUUGUCGGGAUCCGUGAGGGCGUAGCAGACCAUGACUCUGAUGUACAAGUCGAUGCUGCUACUGCCAUGUCGCAAGCUCUACGAAGCCCUGGUUUUGAUAAUUUGUUGGCAGGGGUCUCUGAGCAGACUGGUUUCGGUUCUCCCGAUAUCCUGAGAAACAUGAUGCAGGGGCUCACUCAGAAUCCCCAGAUCAUGAAUGCUGUCAGUCAAAUUGCUCAGCAGGUUGACACCCAAGAUAUUGGGGACAUGUUUUCUGGUGCUGGGAGAGGCCAAGGUGGUGGCGGUUUUGAUCUCUCAAGGAUGGUUCAACAGAUGAUGCCUGUUGUUUCCCAAGUUCUGGGGCAAGGAUCUGCUGCGCCACGAGCAUUCCCAAUCCCACAGCCUGUGCCUGAAAGGAUUACGUCUCGAGAACCCAGUGAUCAGAGUGUUCAGAUGGACCUGCAUGCUGUGGCUCAGAGAAUUGAGCAUGGUGAUGCACCUGAAGACAUAUUUCGUGCCAUGGCCGAAAAUGCAGCUAGGUUGAGCGGCAAUGAUGGUGCAAGUGCACAGGAUUUGAGCAACAGUGAGGAUCUAGUCAAUGAAUAUUUGGAGGUACUACGCCGGGACAUAAGAAGGCGUUGUGAGGGUGACUCUGAUUGA